GCUACGUAAAGCAGACGGAAAUGGACGACCGCAAGGAGGUCGCGGCGAGCGUCUUUUUCACUGGCGUUUCCCUCACCAUCGAGCCUGACAAGCUGCGCCAGCACUUCGAGUCGGUCGGCCAUGUCGUGAGCUUCACCACCUACGGCCCCGCCCCGGGGAAGGACUUUCGGUACGGCAUUGCCGGCUACAUGGACCCGCAGACGGCCGAGGAGGCCAUCCGACGACUCAGCGGUACCACCUUUGGCGAGCGCGCCAUGCGAGUCACGGCGGCACGCAGCACCACCUUGCACGCACCCGUUCGCGCGGGACCUGGUGGGGGUGGCAGCGGACCUGCUGGGCGACCGCCGUUCCGCAAACGGGAGCGAGAGGGCUACGUACCGGAGCAACAGCAGCAGCAGCAUGGGGGACCACCGUACCACCAGCAGCACUACUCAGCGCCGUCGCAGUUUCCCUUCUACGGUCGCGGUCGGGGCCGCGGGGCGGGCGGCCCUCCAGGGCGUGCUCCGAUGAUGCCUCGACUGCCGGUGCCGCCAUCGCAGCCGAGUGUGGACAAGGACGGACGGGAGCUGAUGCAGCUGCCACGCGGCUUCGUGGACCCCAUCCUGUCCCGCGACGGGUCGCUCGUGCUCAACGUCCUUCGCGGGAUGGCCACCGAAGAAGCCUACGCGGCGGUCGAGCAGCUGCGCGUGUUGGCGCUGGAGCGCCCUGAUGAGGCGAGGCUGCUGUUGCAGAACAAUCCUGCGCUCAAGUCGGCGGUGGUGAUCACUCUACAGCACGCAGGCCGGCUGUCGCACGGGCCGCUCCCGGCGGAGGCCUACCGUGCAACGAAACCGGCAGAAAAGGACGCGGAGAAGAAAGCUGAGGAGGAGCGGCGGGCGGCAGUGACGCGUAGUGGCAAUGGAGACGGUGGCGGUGACGGCAAACUGAGUCCCGGCCCUGUGGCAGCUGGUGCUUCUGCGCCACUGGCGCAACCCACGGCCAAGGUCGUUCCGGCUGCCCCGGAACCGGCCCCCAUGACCGAGCAGGAGCGCGAUGAGGUGCUGGAGUUAAUUCAGAACAUGAGCGAGGAAGAUGUGGAUCGCGUACUGACGAUGUCGGCCAGAGACCUGGCGCAGGUGCCCGAUGUGGCGCAGCGCAAGCAACUCGAGAUCUUGCAGCGACGCUUGAUAGAGAUGUCACGGGACUUGUGA